GUUCAUGUCCAGAGGGUAAGUUUACGAUGUUCUGUUCGUUCGACCUCCAUAUGAUAGCUGUGAUUACACCGCUGGCGAUCGAGUUUAUUUACAAAAUUUCCUUGAGCUCCCAAAACUAAGUCCUAAUUUGUAAUUGUAAUUGUAAUUGUAAUUUAUUUAUCAUACGUGGGCCUAUUAGUUUACUUUUACACAAGGUCAAGGAAAGAAAAACGUGAUCAAAAUUACAUUGGAGAACAAUUUGAAACCGAUAGCUAAGUUUUCUCCAUGAGCUCCUUCAAGUACUCGUGUAAGUGUUCGGAUUCGAAGCCUCGAAUUCCCAUCCUCCACGGGCCUCACAGUUACGACACGUCAGAGACCGCCAAACUAGACAAGGCCCUCGAUCAGCUGGUUGAUUCCGCUUGGGACGACGUGGACGAGGAAGCAGACGAGUUGCUUGCCUGUUUCCUGGGCAAUUUGAAGAAGGCUAACUACGUACACUCGGAAGCCGAUUUGAGCGAUAUUCUCAAAGACCAUGCUGCUCCACAAGAUUCAAAUUCAAUUAUUACCGGUUUACGAGGCUAUGAAAGGCAAACUUGCCACUGUCGGGAAGUGGUGCAUAGAGUUUCGAUAGUUUUAAAUUGGGGCUUGGCCGAGCUUCAUUGCAACAAAGAACCAAACGAGCAACGACUUUUGGAGGUCCUCCACCAGCUAGAGCCCUUUGCGGAGAUGUGUGCGAAAUAUAACGCCUGGAAUUCGUUUCUGCAACGAUUGUGGGACUUCAGUGUGGAAUCUGAAAAAGUUAAACUGACUGCUAAGCUGGUCUCAGUUUACCCCGAUGCAAUCAAUCAAGCACUUGAAAAUCUUCUGAGCUCGGAUGCAGCGGACGUCGAUUCAUUGCUGGAUAACGAAAGCUUCAACAGCGUGGUCACUCUCGUCACCAUCCCAGAAGUAUUCCAACAUGUAAGCCUGCAGUUGGCGCAGCGAGAUUCCGUAUGUCCGGACAAAGCCCAAAUGCUGUUGACUGCCAUUCUCAAAACACUGAAGUCGAAUGUAUCCAAGAGCAGAUUCUUAGCUUUAUAUCCCGACACGAUUCGUUCGAUAGCUGCCAUCCUGUAUGAGGCCAUUAAACCUGAUGACCCUUUGCUAACAGCAUUACUUGACCAGGUAAAGAGGGAUAAUUUUCUAGAGUUCACUGUUCUCGUUACACACUUUCCCAUGUUUUUACAUUUGAAAUAAAGGAUUUAAACGUAUUUAAUGAUUGGUGAUUCAGUCAACCCACAGUUAUGGAUAA